AAAAUCUGAACCAUGAGACACAAGGAUUACCUUCCGAUCCCCUUCUCCUUACUAUAAAUACUAGCCCACGGCCUCCAUUUAUCUUCGUUUCCUCCGCAUCGAAGAAAGAGGAAAGGUUAAAUCUGAGGAGCUCUCUGCGGCGAAGCAACCCAAUCGCGCACCUAGAAGAUGGAUCCCAACAGGCGUCAAGGUGGAAUCCAGCAAUUGCUAGCAGCUGAGCAAGAAGCUCAACAGAUUGUGAAUGCUGCAAGAAAUGCGAAAUUGGCUAGGUUAAAGCAGGCUAAAGAAGAGGCGGAUAAGGAGAUUGCUGAAUAUCGUGCACACAUGGAAGCUGAAUUUCAGAAGAAGGUCGCGGAGAGUAGCGGCGAUUCUGGUGCGAAUGUCAAGCGCCUUGAACAAGAAACAGAAGCAAAGAUUCAGCACCUCAAGUCACAAGUCGAAAGCAUCUCCUGUGAUGUCGUUCAAAUGCUUUUAAGGCAUGUGACCACUGUCAAAAAUUAAGCGAUCCUAUGGAUAAUUACCAAAUAAUAGUUGACGUUGGUUGUUUCUAUGCCAUUUCGAUGGUUUUGUUGUUUUGAGAACUCAUGGGUGGGAAUUGAAUUUCAUGCCCGUAGUCGUGACCCUGGCAUUUUCCUAGAAUAAACUACUACUGUGUUGUCCACAGACUUGGUCAUUAUUGUAUAAGUUUGGUGCUUGCACUUGUGCUGUUGCAUCAGCAUUCACAUUAAGUGUUUGCUAUCUUUUCCUGGCA